AUGAGCGACCACGAGAAGAAGCAAACGUACAUAGAGUGGGCAAAGGAGAAGUACAACCAGCAGUACGAGGUUUGGAUGCCCUGGAUCGAGGACAACUUCCUCAAGUACUUUACCAAGGACAACAAGGCCAGUUAUGCCACCAAGGACACUCUCGACAAAUCCAAAGUAACGGGCGUCAAGCAAGUCGACACCUUACAAGAUGGCGUCCACAACCUCGUCUCUGGUCAAGUCGGACAGGGAGGACUACUACAGCCUGUCGGCGAUAUCGCUUCCAAGGAGGGUAUUAACCGUGCCGAGCGCGGUGGGAAGGAUGAUAAGGGAGGGUAUAUCCCGUCUGGGCUGUCGAGCAUUCCCGGACUGGGCGGCAGCAAAUAG